AAGUUCUGGACCGUUUUGUUUUCUCCGUCUCCGUUCUCCUCCUCUACGCUCCUCUCUCUCUCUCUCUCUCUCGUGCGGUUACCAUGAAGGCCCUUUGAGCAAAGCUUCUUUCAUCGCAACCAAAUCAUUAUCUGGGAUAAAGAAGGGUGCUCCGAUGGGUUGCUUUCUUGGCUGCUUCGGCUCUUCCAAGGAUCGUAAGCGCAGAAAACAGAGGAACCAGGUUCUUCCUCGAGACCAAAAACAUGGAAGUUACAAUCCUGUGAAAGCUACUGUCUCCUUAGGAGAAGACAACUCAGAGAAACCCCCUGGCGAAGUUCCAGAGCUCCAAGAGAAACCUGAUCAGGAGCGAUUGAGCACCAGCGCCAGAAAGAAAGUUACUUUUGAUUCAAAUGUCAAAACCUACGAGCAUAUUUCUGAUAAUUGGAUUGAUGGUUUUUCGUCUGAAGGAGCUGCUGACAAAGACGGGAACAAGGAGAAGAGAGAAAACUUAUCCAAGUCGAGCCACACCCAUUCCUCAUCUGAUGACGGUGUGGUCAUACCGAUGUGGGGAACUUUUCCCCCAGAUCACAGGUACUACAAUUGCAGAGAUAGCGACGAAGAGUUUGACUUUGAGGAAAGUGAUCUAGAAGAUGAUGACAAUGAUGGCGACGAGGAAGAUCAGUAUGAUGAUUAUGAUCAGGAUAAGCCAUCUAUGGAAUCCAGGAAUGAGGUUUCAGCCAGUCGAGUGACAAUUGAGGAAUUGCGUAGUCCAUUGCCGGGAUUUGGUUCCCCUGAUCAUGAACUGAAAACUAUUGGAUUGAACCAAAAUGCUCGACACAGGAGUGCUUAUGUUCAUAACGUGCUGAACCCAGUAGAAAACCUCACUCAAUGGAGAGCUAUCAAAGCAAAAGAAGCACCGCCAUUGAAGCUGCAGAAGGAGGGUUUCACCUUGGAUGAACAACCCAGAGUAUCAUUUAGUCUUGAACAUACUUCACAGGAAUCAUCAUUUAGUAUCAAGUUCAAAUCGGACCGACCCAAGUGCACAAAGGAAGAAAUAUCUGUAGAUGCAAGCCUCUCAAGCUGGAUAGGGUCUUCUGAAAGUGAAAGCACACCCAUCAGCGAGGCUACUUUGGUGGCUUCAGAGUCUGAAAAAUGGAUAUCCAACCGUUCGGACUCGCUGCGAAGCCUUGAAGACAGGCCGAUUCUAGGGGCAUUAACUGUUGAAGAACUCCGGCAGUUUUCAGCUUCUACUUCGCCGAGAAAGUCUCCGAGCCGGAGCCCCGACGAGAUGCCCAUUAUAGGCACUGUUGGGGGCUACUGGUGUCACGUAGAGACCGGCAAGGACUCUGGCUCAGCCUCUUCCUAUAAAGGGAUCCCAAACACAACCAGCAAGUACAGAGAGGAUAAGAGAGUGAAUUGGCAUUCUACCCCAUUUGAGACGAGGCUGGAAAGGGCUUUAAAGAAGACUGCUAAUAAUGCUGCUGCUGCUGCUGCUGAUGCCUAAACUACCAAAUCUAUCUGGCUUGAGAAAACCUGGGCAGGACUGUGAUGCUUCUGAUGCUUCUGAGUGUGCUCUGCUUCUACGCGUGCUGCUUGUGUGUGUGCCAUUUUUACACAGUUCUUCUCUUCAUCACUCACUACAUUCAUUGCUAUGUGUUGGUUUAUGUGUUUACAUGUGGGAGAUUUGAAUGCUUUCUAUGAUUCGUAGUUUUUUUUCUUGUGUAAUAAUGAUGAACAAUAUAGAGUUUAAUUUUACAUC